AUGGGGAGACGCCUUAAGUUUCUGCAGAAACUGGCCUUCCUGGGUCAGGACCACCGGUACAAGGCGCUGGAGAAGGACGAGGUGGAGACCCUGAUUGAUGACCAGUGCGAGCUGAAAGCCAUCGAAAGAGAAAAGAGUGUCACGGCUCUGCCACCCAGGGAAGCGUGUAAAUGCAGCAAAGAGGAUUUGGCCAGUGCCUUCCUUGUGGACCUGGAGAGUGGCCUGUCAGAGAUGGCAGUGGCCCAGCGCAGGUUGGUCCAUGGCUGGAAUGAGUUUGUCACUGGUAACGUUGAGCCUGUGUGGAAGAAAUACCUGGAUCAGUUCAGGAACCCCCUGAUCCUGCUGCUGCUGGGCUCAGCCGUGGUGAGUGUCCUCACCAAGGAAUAUGAGGACGCAAUCAGCAUCGCCCUGGCUGUGCUCAUCGUGGUGACUGUUGGCUUCAUCCAGGAAUACAGGUCGGAGAAAUCCCUGGAAGAGCUGACCAAGCUGGUGCCUCCAGAAUGCAACUGCCUGAGAGAUGGCAAGCUCCAUCACAUGCUCGCACGAGACUUGGUUCCAGGAGACAUCGUGUCCCUGUCUAUCGGAGACCGGAUCCCAGCUGACAUCCGACUCACUGAGGUCACAGACCUCCUGGUAGAUGAGUCCAGCUUCACAGGAGAAGUGGAGCCAUGCAGCAAAACAGACAGCCCAUUGGUGGGCAGUGGGGAUCUCAGCACCCUGAGCAAUGUGGUCUUCAUGGGGACACUGGUACAGUGCGGGAAGGGUAAGGGAGUUGUGAUCGGAACUGGGGAGCAGUCUCAGUUCGGAGAAGUCUUCAAGAUGAUGCAAGCGGAAGAGACACCUAAAACCCCACUGCAGAAGAGCAUGGACAAGCUGGGCAAGCAGCUGACCAUCUUUUCCUUUGGCAUCAUUGGUCUCCUGAUGCUGGUUGGUUGGAUACAAGGCAAGCCCCUUCUCAGCAUGUUCACUAUCGGGGUCAGCCUGGCUGUGGCAGCCAUUCCAGAGGGGCUGCCCAUCGUUGUCAUGGUGACGCUGGUCCUGGGGGUGCUUCGGAUGGCUAAGAAGCGGGUCAUUGUGAAGAAGCUGCCCAUUGUGGAGACUCUUGGCUGCUGUAAUGUCAUCUGCUCUGACAAGACAGGCACUCUGACAGCCAAUGAAAUGACAGCGACCCAGCUCGUCACAUCUGAUGGGUUCCAUGCUGAGGUCAGUGGAGUUGGGUACAGCGGCGAAGGGACUGUGUACCUCCUCCCAUCCAAGGAAGUAAUCAAGGGAUUCAGCAAUGUUUCGGUGGGGAAGCUGGUGGAGGCAGGUUGCAUCGCCAACAAUGCUAUCAUUAGGAAGAAGACUGUAAUGGGGCAGCCCACAGAAGGGGCCUUGAUGGUGCUGGCCAUGAAGAUGAACUUAGGUGGUGCCAAAGAUUCCUAUGUGCGGAGGAAAGAGAUUCCCUUCAGCUCAGAGCAGAAGUGGAUGGCAGUGAGGUGCAGCCCGAAGAACGAGGAUGGGGAAGACAUUUACUUCAUGAAGGGGGCCUUUGAGGAAGUGAUCCAUCACUGUAGCAUGUAUAACAAUGGGGGCAUCCCCCUGCCUCUGACACCCCAACAGAAGUCCUACUGGCUGCAGGAAGAGAAGAAGAUGGGAUCACUUGGCCUGCGGGUGCUGGCCCUGGCGUCUGGGCCCCAGCUGGGGAGACUGACAUUCCUGGGUCUUGUGGGCAUCAUCGACCCCCCGAGGGCUGGCGUAAAGGAAGCAGUCCAGGUGCUCUCCGAGUCUGGUGUGUCAGUGAAGAUGGUGACAGGAGAUGCUCUAGAGACCGCCUUGGCCAUAGGAAGAACCAUCGGCCUGGGCAACGAGAAGAUGAAAGCCAUGUCAGGGGAGGAGGUGGAAGGAAUGGAGCAGGACGCACUGGCUGCCCAAGUGAGGCAGGUGUCUAUAUUCUUCAGGACCAGCCCAAAGCACAAGGUUAAAAUCAUAAAGGCAUUGCAGGAGUCAGGGGCAAUUGUGGCCAUGACGGGGGACGGUGUGAAUGACUCAGUUGCCCUGAAGUGUGCGGACAUCGGGAUCGCCAUGGGCCAGACAGGGACGGAUGUCAGCAAAGAGGCCGCCAACAUGAUUCUGGUGGACGACGACUUCUCAGCCAUUAUGAGUGCGGUGGAGGAAGGCAAAGGCAUCUUCUACAACAUCAAGAACUUUGUCCGCUUCCAGCUAAGCACGAGCAUCGCUGCCCUGAGCCUCAUCACCCUGUCCACGGUGUGCAACCUGCCAAGCCCCCUCAAUGCCAUGCAGAUCCUGUGGGUUAACAUUAUCAUGGAUGGGCCGCCAGCACAGAGCCUGGGGGUAGAGCCUGUGGACAGAGAUGCCCUGCGGAGGCCUCCACGGAGCAUCAGGGACACCAUCCUGAACAGAGCCCUGAUCCUGAAGGUCCUCCUGUCAGCUGCUGUCAUCAUAGGAGGGACCCUCUUUAUCUUCUGGAGAGAGAUUCCAGAGAAUGGGACCAGCACCCCGCGCACCACCACCAUGGCCUUCACCUGCUUCGUGUUUUUUGACCUCUUCAAUGCCCUAAGCUGCCGCUCUCAGACCAAGCUGAUAUUUGAGAUUGGCUUUUUCCGGAACCGCAUGUUCCUUUACUCAGUCCUUGGGUCCCUUCUGGGGCAGCUGGCCGUGAUCUAUGCCCCGCCCCUGCAGAAGGUCUUCCAGACAGAAAACCUGAGAGCUCUCGACCUGCUGCUGUUAACCGGCCUGGCCUCGUCUGUCUUUGUUCUGUCGGAGCUGCUCAAGCUGUGUGAAAAGUUCUGCUCUGGAGCCAGGACCACCCAGAUGCUCCCAGAGGCCGUGUAAAGGAUCCACUGUGUCACAGCCCUGAGUGACCUGUGUCCGUGGGUGCCUGUGGUCUGUCCACUCCAAGGGGAAGAUUUUAGGACCACACAGAAUCAGGACCCUGGCUCCGCAUGUCCCCCUGUCCUGCUGGGAUGCACAGGACGGGAUGGAGCUUACUAAAACAUGGCACUAUUUAUUAAACCACCGUGUUUUUUAUUUAACCUGUCUCUCUGCUUGAGCAAUGCAGCCCCAUGUGAUGGCACAGGGCUCCACAGCCACCAGGAAUAUGGCCACUCUACCCACAGCCAUCUCCUUCAAGGCCUUGCUUCCUCAUCUAGGAUGAGGGCUCAGGGACAGUUCUCUAAAGAGCUCUGACUCAUGGUUUGGAGUUGAAUCCCCAGUGUUCAAAAACAAAACUCCACAAAUAUGAUUUAUGUAAAAUCUGAUUAAAAACAAGCGGUGCUGUCACCGAGGGGGGAUAGGACAUUAGUCAUCUAAAAAGCCGAAACUCCACAAAGCAGCUCCCUUACACACUCGCUGUGAAUGAAGAACACAGAUGCCUUGUGUUUACAAAGCUCUCACGCCACGACGCCAAAAUAAAACCGUGAAGUUUUUUCAGAAUUCCACGUGCACUUCUGACAGGGACGCCUCAUAAACACCAGCACACGUGGAAGCUCCCUCCCCUGCAAUAAACUGAUACCUCAAAAGCACAUUCUGGCUUCAUGCCUCAUGGAGAAAGACCAGAGCGUCCCCGUGAGGAGGAGGAGGGCGUGGUGGAGGUGUCAGUGUCACGGAGCUGGGCACACACCUCACAAGGAUCGCAGUUCAAGGCCAGCCUGGGAACUCAGUGGUACUCAAGAUCCCACUGCCUCUGCCUCUGAGUAAAAAGGGCUGGGGCUUGGCACCAAAGUAUCUGCAGUCCGACACUGAAAGCCAUAAAGGAAUCACGGCACAAGUAUGAUAAUGCCACCAGAGGAGCAAUGCCUCAAGACAAUCUACAAAUGAACAACAACAAAAAAAAAAACACUGUGGCCGCCGCCAGAGGGAGCUGGGACCUGCAGUGUAGCACUGCUAACUGGCAGCAGGGGCUCUCUGGUCUCUCCACACUUCCCACUCAAGAGGUGAAGCCCAAGCUCUUAUGUCUCAGAAAGCUGACAGGUGAUUCUGAGUCACUAAUAUAGCUGAGGGUCAUGAUAUAAAAGGAUUCAGCAAGCAUCAGGGACAAAUCUCACACACGUAUGCCUGUGUGUGCUCAAGUAU